AUGAUAGCUUGGGCGAUAUGGGAGCGAAGGAACAGAAAAAGAUUGCUUCAGCUGGUUUGGGACGUGGGUGACGUGGUGAGCAGAGCUUUAGAUUUUUUGAGAGAAUUCAUAGAUAUUCAGAAGCAUCCCUUGCAUCGGCCAGUACCCAAGGAAGUGAUUAAAUGGUCACCACCAGAUGAAAGUGUGUACAAAAUCAAUUUUAACGGGGCAGUUUUUGAGGAGCAAGGUAGUGCCGGCUUAGGGGUGGUGGUCAGAGACUCGACAGGCUUGGUGAUCAGUGCGCUCAGCCAAAAGAUUAGGUUCCCUGGCUCAGCGGUGAUGGUGGAGGCCCAAGCUACUCGUAGGGUAGUCUUGUUUGCCAAGGAAAUCAACGUUUUUCGGGUUGUGGUGGAGGGUGAUUCUCUGCAAGUAAUCAAAGUUGUUAAUUCCUCAAAGCGGUCUAAGACUCCAUAUGGGCAUAUUAUUGAUGAAACUAGAUUACUGUCAUCUUCUUUAUCUUGCUGUAACUUUGUUCAUGUUCAACGUGAGGGUAAUAAGUUAGCUCAUGCCCUUACACGUUGA